AUGUUCAGGCCAAACCCAAGAGCCAUCGGCCUCACCAGCAGCCUCCCCCACGGCCGGCACAUGGCCACCAUCUCCUCACAAGGCCUCAGCCAGGAGCAGCUCCAACGGAUGGGCCAGACCAUGCCGCCGGGCUACAAGGCCCGCGUGGGCCAGCUCGAGACCUUUACGCUCCCCGAGUCGGUCCGGGGCAGCCGGGGAGACCGGGAGAUGGGCAAGGCGCUCGUCGACGCCUGGCGCCGUGACGGCAUCCUCCAGAUCGCCAUGAACCCCAAGCAGCAGGCCAUGUACGACGCGGCGCAGGCCGCCUCGAAGCGCUUCUUCGCCAAGCCGCACGAGCAAAAGGCCGCCUGCGUCGACAGCCAGAGCUACGCCGGCUACAUCGCCAGCGGCGAGGAGAUCACCGACGGCAUCGCCGACUACUCGGAGAUCUUCACCGUCACCAAGGAUCUGGACCUCGACGAGCCCAGGGUCAAGGCGAAGUGGCCCUGCCACGGCCCUUGCCCCUGGCCCGACGCCGAGAUGCGCGACCCCAUGAAGAAGUACAUGGAGUACCUGGGCGAGAGCGGCGAGAAGCUGCUGCAGCUUACAGAGUAUGGCCUCGGUGUGCCCGAGGGUUCGCUCACGCAGUAUACCAAUGACGGGUGGCACCAUAUGCGAAUUCUGAGGUUCCCGCAAAACAACAAGACCAACGGAAAGGGCAAAGAGGGCCGCGGAAUCGGCAGCCACACCGACUACGGUCUGCUCGUCAUCGCGGCUCAGGACUCGGUCGGUGGACUGUUUAUCCGCCCGCCCUAUGCCGAUGAGCAGUUUGCCAACUGGGAGAAGAGCUCAGCGGGUAUGAAGGAGGACGAUGACCGCUGGGUCUACGUGCCGCCCGUGCCCAACGUCUUUACCGUCUUCCCAGGCGACAUCAUGCAGUACAUCACCAACUCCCACCUCCCCUCGACCCCACACAAGGUCGGCCUCAACACGGCCGAGCGCUUCGCCUUUGCCUACUUCCACGAGCCGUCCUUCCAGGCCGUCGCCAAGCCGCUGCCGGGCUACGACGCCGGGCAGAGCCCCAAGGAGGGCAUCCACUACGGCACCCACUUCACCAACAUGUUCAUGAGGAACUACGAGUCCAGGAUCACCACCCAGCGCCUCUUGGGCGAGGACCGCUACAGCCUGCUGAGCCGACCGGAGCUCAGGACCAUGCCGGCGGACGCCAGGCGGGAUGGCAGGAUGAAGCGGGCCCUGGGCGCCAUGGAGAGGGAGAGGGCCAUGGGUAAGGGGUUUGGUGCCGUUGCUGCUUAA